ACCACGUGCGUGGAGAAGGCGGGGAACGACGAGAAGAUGUUCAUCAAGGUGUUUCGCUGCCUGGGCAGCUGGUUCAACCUGGGAAUCCUGGACAGUAACUUCAUGGCCAGUAACCAGCUCCUCAUGGUCCUCUUCCAAGUCCUGCAGAGGGACGAAACCUCCACCAACCUCCACGAGGCGGUGUCGGACUGCGUCUGCUCGGCGCUCUACGCCAUAGAGAACGUGGACACCAACAUGGCGCUGGCCCUGCAGCUCUUCCAGGGCGUCCUGACGCUGGAGACGGCCUAUCACAUGGCCGUGGCCCGAGAGGACCUGGACAAAGUGCUGAACUACUGCAGGAUCUUCACCGAGCUCUGCGAGACCUUUUUAGAGACGACGGUCCGGACCCCGGGUCAGGGUAUGGGGGACCUGAGGACACUGGAGCUGCUGCUGAUCUGUGCAGGACACCCGCAGUACGAGGUUGUGGAGAUCUCCUUUAACUUCUGGUACCGUCUCGGAGAACAUCUCUAUAAAAUAAAUGACGCCGCUCUUCACGCCGUCUUCAGACCGUACAUCCAGAGACUGCUGCACUGCUUGGCCCGGCACUGUCAGCUCGACCCAGACCACGAGGGGAUCCCCGAGGACACGGAUGACUUUGGGGAGUUCAGGAUGAGAGUCUCUGACCUCGUUAAAGACGUCAUAUUCCUCGUUGGGUCCAUGGAGUGCUUCUCUCAGCUGUACUCUACGUUAAAAGAAGGGAACCCUUCCUGGGAGGUGACGGAGGCUGUUCUCUUCAUCAUGGCUGCAAUCGCGAAGAGUGUUGACCCAGAGAACAACCCCACCCUGUCGGAGGUCUUACAGCAGGUGGUUUUACUCCCAGAGAGCGUCCACAUGGCGGUCCGUUACACGAGCAUCGAGCUGGUGGGGGAGAUGAGCGAGGUCGUGGACAGGAACCCCAGAUUCCUCGACCCGGUGUUAAACUACCUGAUGAAAGGUCUCAGAGAGAAACCUCUGGCGUCGGCAGCAGCGAAGGCGAUCCACAACAUCUGCUCGGUGUGCAGAGAUCACAUGGCUCAGCACUUCCAGGGUCUGCUGGACAUCGCUCGCGCCCUCGACUCCUUCGCCCUGUCCACCGAGGCCGCCGUGGGACUGCUCAAAGGUACGGCUCUGGUGCUGGCUCGUCUUCCCCUGGAGAAGAUCGCAGAGUGUCUGAGCGACCUCUGUGCGGUUCAGGUGUUGGCUCUAAAGAAGCUUCUGACUGAAUCUACAAACGGGAAAUCAGCUGAUCCCACCGUCUGGCUCGACAGGCUGGCUGUUAUCUUCAGGCACACAAACCCCAUCGUGGAGAACGGACAGACCCACCCCUGUCAGAAAGUCAUCCAGGAGAUCUGGCCCGUGUUGUCGGAGACCCUGAACACUCAUCAGGCUGAUAACCGGAUUGUGGAGCGAUGCUGUCGGUGUCUCAGGUUUGCUGUACGAUGUGUCGGGAAAGGCUCCGCCUCCCUCUUGCAGCCGCUCGUCACUCAGAUGGUGAGUGUGUACCAGGUGUAUCCACACUCCUGCUUUCUGUACCUGGGAAGCAUCCUGGUGGACGAAUAUGGCAUGGAGGAGGGCUGCAGGCAGGGGCUGCUCGACAUGUUACAGGCUCUGUGUAUGCCGACCUUCCAGCUGUUGGAGCAGCCCAACGGUUUGAGGAAUCACCCCGACACGGUGGACGACCUGUUCAGACUGGCCACCAGGUUCGUCCAGAGGAGUCCCGUCACUUUACUCAGCAGCAGCAUCAUCGUCAUCAUCCAGUGCGCCAUCGCCGCCACCUCAUUGGACCACCGGGACGCCAACUGCAGCGUCAUGAAGUUUGUCCGAGACCUCAUCCACACCGGAGUCGCCAACGACCACGAGGAGGACUUUGAGGUGCGCAAGCAGCUGAUUGGUCAGGCCAUGGAGCAGCACGGCCAGCAGCUGGUCACUCAGCUGAUGCACUCGUGUUGUUUCUGUCUGCCGCCGUACACGCUGCCCGACGUGGCCGAGGUGCUGUGGGAGGUGAUGGUGUUCGACAGACCCACGUUCUGUCGCUGGUUAGAAAACGCUCUGAAAGGUUUACCCAAGGAGACGUCAGGAGGAGCCGUGACCGUCACUCACAAACAGCUGACUGACUUCCACAAACAGGUCACCAGCGCUGAGGAGUGUAAACAGGUGUGCUGGGCCAUCAGAGAGUUCACCAGACUGUUCCGAUAGCUGCGACCUUCACACGACACCAGGUUAAAUCUUUUGUUGUCCAACAUUCAGAGGUGACGGCAAAAAGCUGCGACUGCAGACGAGGAUCCAAAGGGACGAGAUGAAGAUGAUGAAGAGGAGGGACUUUGAAUGUGAAACAGGACGAAUCGCUCUGAAGGACUGACAGAGUGAGGACUUGGACAGACUGAGUCCUCCAACCCGACCCCUAACCUCACCUGACCUCACCUGCAGCAGGUGUCAGGUGGGCGGGGUCGGGUCCAGCAGGUGGGCGGGGUCAGGACUGGGAGGAGUUCACUAAGUGAGCUGAUGCGGAUCAGUCCUGUUGGAUCUUCAUCAGUAAUCAAUCGUAGGACGUGCCUGGUCAACAGUUUUUAAGAGAAGAUUUAUUUUUGGGACUUUGGUCGUGAUGUUUUUUGUCCGUGCCAUACAAAGAGCCAAAAAAUUUCCCAUGAUGCUCUUGGCCGAGCGGCUGCCUGUAGAGGCUGAGUGAUGGAGGAUUUGGCGUCACCUUUGACCUUUUUAACUUUGGUUGAAUUUUAGUUGUUUUUCCACAAAGUGAGACAGAGUGAACUCUGGGUAAUGAGACGGAGAGACUGACACCAUGACAUCAUUGGUGAUGUAGCCUUGUUGUAAACAAUAAAAAACAACUGAAACAACAAA